AGAGGAGUUAGGCGUGUCAGGCUCACCCAAACGGGCGGAAGAGGGCUCACAAAUUGUUUAUUCCAAGCCCCCCAGAUCUAUCAUUCGUUGCCUCUCGCAAAGAGACAGAACGACAAGCCACACAAGCAACCAGAGAGAAAAAAGCCAUGUGGUUUUCCCGCUCCCGAACCACGUUUGCUUUGCUUUGCUGUGCUCUGCUUCCCUUUUUCCUUGCCUCGCCGUUUGAUUCCUUCUUCCAUGCAGUUUCUCCUCUUACACCUCGCCAGAACGAAGGUGACAAAAGUACACCUCUUCGGCCGGCACUCGGACACAUACGACUGCUGACUUACACCACCGCUCCGGCUACCACCAGUCACCGCCAAGAUUAUCCAGUUCUCCCAAGCAAGCCAACCAUACAUCUAGAAAUCACAACUCCGAGACGGCGGCCACCGCAGGAUUACCCAUCCCCGGGAGGACUGGCGCAAGUAUCGUCGCAGUAUAUACGAUAGCUUUCGCCCCAAGCCCGCCCGCCGCCGCCGACCGCCCGUCCGCCAGCUAGCUCAUCCGGCACCGAGCAAACCUCUCUCCUCUUACUAAGUUAACA